AUGGACCCCUUGCCGGGCUUCGUGGUCGCCUCGCCCGCGGAGGUGCUGGAGGACGUGCUGCGGGAGCAGUUCGGGCCGCUGCCCCAGCUGGCCGCUAUCUGCCGGCUCAAGCGGCUGCCCUCGGGCGGCUACUCGUCCACCGAGGACCUGCAGUUGGUGCUGGAGCGGCGGCGCGUGGCCAACGCCAAGGAGCGCGAGCGGAUAAAAAACCUCAACCGUGGUUUUGCCAAAUUGAAGACGCUGGUGCCAUUUCUUCCUCAAAGCAGGAAGCCUAGCAAAGUUGAUAUCCUUAAAGGUGCAACUGAAUACAUACAAGUUCUCAGUGAUGUUUUGGAAGGAGCCAAAGACUCUGAGAAACAAGACUCAGAGCAUCAGAGUUAUAUGAACAAUGCUCCUGAACCACAUAGAUCCUUGGCAAACGAGCUGUUGAGAAACAACACCCAACACGCAAGCUGCGCUGUGGGCUCGAAGAGCGAGGAGACAGGGCCCUGGGCAGACGGUGGCAGCGGUGAGUCAGCAUAUGCUUGUUGCCAGUGCUUGAUGUCUGCAACUGGAGUUACCUCCCCAACCAGGAGUCUGGUAAAGUGUUUCUUUUCAAGUUGCAAUAUAGAUGUCAAGAAAAACCUCAAAGUGCUUCCCUUGAGGUGUGUGCUUAUUUUCCAUGCUGAGCCGUGAUUGAAACGACAUCAUUUUGUGGCAGCACCUAGGUGGGAGGGGAGUUUGCUAGUUCCGAAGAUCUAUUAUUAUGUCUCCAGAUUAACUGGUAACAGCUGAAGGGGUAGGCAACUUUUCCAGAAUCAUGUAACAUAGAUUAAGCUUAUUUUUAUGACCCUAGUUAAUGCAUCAAAAGGUUUUUUGGAUUCUGAGGUCUGUAGAAAAAGAAAUAAGUACCAACUGGAUUACCACACAUAAAGCCGCUUGGUGAUAAUUGUACAAACAUGCACAUGCACACAUUCACACACACACUUGUGUGUGGGCACACACACACUUUUAAAAUAAUUGGCCUCAUUAGAAAACAGCAUUUUGUAAGUAAUAACAAAGGAGUUUAUUGUAACAGCUCUCAUUACUCUGCCAAGCUGACAAAGCCAC